CAAACAAUAUAGUUAGUUAAAUGUGAACAAAGUCACCAAAUUACAUUUAGAUUAAUCUUAAAUUAACAGCAGUUAAUGGUAAAACUAGUUAACCACCUGUAGAUAUGAAUAAAAAUGCGCACAUAAACAAACAAGCACAGGCAGUGUGUUAAAUUAAACUGAAAGACAAGACCUCAUUCUUCUCCAUUUAUGGUGAUUUGGUCCCCAAGCGGUACUUUUGUUUUCAGGGCCCAGUUUUAAACCGGACGAAUUUGAAUCCGCAACAAAUAUGGCGACCUCCAACAAGCGAACAUGCCUCCAGUAUCUACUACAUCUGGCCCAAGAUAAUUUGGACUUCAGGUUGCCGGAGAUUAAGGCUUUGCUGUCUCUCAGAGGAAAACCGUUCCAUCCUAGUCUAAACUUCAAAGAAAAGUCCCCUUUCUGGUGUUUGGAUGGUUUGUCUGAGGAGGAUGUCCGCGGCAUCAUGGCCAGAUCUGUUUGUGCAAAGUCUGCAUUUGAACUAUGGGGCCACGGACAAACACACAGUGAACUCAAAACAUCCCUCUUGAGCUACCCAGCAGAGAACAUGUCACCAUUCAUGCACAAAGACUCAACUUACAGAAUCAAUGUCUACACUUUCAACAAGACCCUGGAGUUUUCAGACAGAAUCAAAAGGAUAGAUGCUAUGGAGUAUCUUCCGUUUGAAGGUGCAGUUAGCCUGAAGAGCCCCCAGCAUGUUUUCUGCUUGUUGGAAGAUUACGGCACAGACCCCAACAACAUCCCUGAGCAUCCAAACUACAUCUAUUUUGGCCGAUGGAUAGCGGAUGGACAGCGUGAACUUAUUCGCUCCCACAGUGUGAAAAACAGACACUUCAUAGGAAACACCAGUAUGGAUGCUGGGCUCUCAUUCAUAAUGGCCAACCACGCCAGGGUCAAAGAGAAUGACCUCGUCUUUGACCCAUUUGUUGGCACUGGGAGCCUGUUGGUAGCAUGUUCUCAGUUUGGAGCCUAUGUCUGUGGAACAGAUAUUGAUUACAACACUAUUCAUGGAAAAGGAAGGUCGAGCCGUAAAAACCAUAAGUGGCGUGGACCUGAUGAGAAUAUCAGAGCCAACCUGCGGCAGUAUGGAACAGAGAAGAUGUAUUUAGAUGUAAUGGUGUCUGAUGCAUCCAAGCCUGUGUGGAGGGAGGCUGCUCUAUUUGAUGCCGUCAUUACUGAUCCUCCGUAUGGUAUCCGUGAGUCCACAAGGAGAACAGGUUCCCACAAAGAUAACACUAAACCCCCUGACGGCAUCUAUGGAGAGUCUCAUGUCCCUGUCUCACAGGCGUACCACCUGAGUGACAUCUUCACAGAUCUGCUAAAUUUCGCUGCCCACCACCUGGUCAUGGGCGGGAGGCUUGUCUAUUGGCUGCCUGUCUACAGACCAGAGUACAGUGAGGAGACGGUACCUCUUCAUCCAUGUCUCCGGCUCAUCAGUAACUGCGAGCAGACGCUCUCCAGCCACACCUCACGACGCCUGAUCACCAUGGAGAAGAUCAAGGAGCCUGAGGAGUUAGACAGCCUGGCUCAUCUAGCAGACCCACGCUUCAGCCCCUACCAGGGACACAAUGCCUUCAGAGAGAAGUAUUUCAGCGGACUGAACAAGAGGUGUGUCAAGGACAACGACAACAAAUCUGACGUCAAUGGAGAGUGAACAAAUCGGUGACCCAAGAAUCGAAAAGAUAAACAACUCAUUGCAAGAAACAGGACAUCAUUGUCAAUGGACUCAAAGAUGGAAACAAACUGAAAACUUAUUUGUUAUAGUCAUAAUUUUUAAAAUCUUUCUCACUGUUUUAAUUAUGAUGAUUUUUUUUAUGCCUGUGCUUUGCAAAUAAAGGGAUAAAAUCCAA